GCAUUGACCACUAGUCCCACAGGACUACACGGUUUGUCGCAUAGUGAUGACGUAGUGUGGCGCGACAGGAACUGUUGUGGUUAGCUACACUCGAGCGUUAGCCUCUAGCUAAGUUAACGACCCCCUUUAGAGAUGUCUCAGCAGCCCCCUCAGACGGUCCCCUCAGCCCCGGACUCCCCUGCUCUGGUGGUCACCAGUAACGUGCAGAAAUAUGCCAUCAAGAAGAAGAAAGUCCUGAGUGCUGAAGAGAUGGAGCUGUUUGAGCUGACCCAGGCUGCAGGGAUCACUGUGGACCAAGAGGUCUUCAAGAUCAUUGUGGAUCUGUUGAAGAUGAACGUGGCUCCUCAAGCAGUGUUUCAGACCCUGAAGGCGAUGUGUGCAGGGCAGAGGGUUGCAGAGAGCUGUGGGGGCACAGAGUCUUCUUCAAAUGCAUCCCACACGACCAGCAUUACAACAGCACCCACAGAGGCCAGAGUGCGCAGUAAAGCCGGAGCGAGCCACAGCGAGAAGAGCAGAGAGGCUUCCAGUCAGCGGGUGCAGCGGCAGCCCAGCGCCACCAGGGGGCAGAAGACUAAAAGCUCAGGCAGCAGUAGUUCCUCCUCUCAGAUAAACUCCACAUAAAGUCAAUGGGACUGUUUGUACAUAUGUUUUUGUUUACAUCUAACUUAUGUGUGGAUUUUUUUAAGAGGUUGUUUACCUCGAAUACAGAAGGAACAUUUCCUCACUCUUAGAGGUGUUUUGUUUCUUUUUGUCUACGUUUCAUACUGAGGAGCUUAAAAAGAGACAAUCCUUGUAAAGUCAUCACAGAACAAUAAAGAACCUCCUGUAAGCCUCUUCAUGUCCUGACAAGUGUUACUGAAACCAUCUGUCUUGUCAGUGUGUAACAUAAACAACAAAUACUUAGUUUUUUUUUUUACUUGAAUGUGAAAAUGUCUGUUUAAAGUGCAACUUUUUAUCAAAUAAACUCAAUAUACCCGUUA